AUGGAGGGUCAGAAGCAGGAGUGGAGUAGUGCCCAUGCUCAGCUGUGGACAUCUUUUAAACGGGCACAAAGGCGGAGCGAUGCAGCUGAGCCCAAUUCUAAUAUUAGUAUAGAAACAGUGACACCUGUGAGCUCGGUGUUUGAGCAACUCCCUACGCUUGGGCGUGAUGUAACUUCAUCUAUACUAACUGAGGUCACCAGCCACACACGUCGUGAUGAAAGGGUUUUCUCGGAGGAACUGGAGGACCAAAUUGUUGGGCUUAUCGAAAAUGGCAAAACAGAGGCCUCCGUUCGUGAGUUAUUAACCGCCAUUAUUCAUUUGAAGAAUCGCGUCGAAAAGGUGAAUAGUGAGGCUGUGUAUAGACAAGAUUCCCUGAUGCAAGUGGCCAACGAGGCACUGUUUCAAUUGAGUGGUCAGAAGCACGAUGAUAUUGCGCCUGAAGAAAUGGUUACUGAAGGUAAUGAGGCCCUCGGUGUUAUAGAGAGUCGGUUUUUCGCAGUUCUUAUACAAGUAGAAAAAUGCAAAAAGACACUAAAAACCAUCGUGGAGAACAAUGGCUUGAAUAAGACAUUCUCUAGUGAAGCUUCAAUGCGAGAGAUGCUGGAUGUGUUGGCUCCCUCUAGAAGGCUCGUAUCAAAGUUUGAGGGAGUUGACAACGAAGGCAACGCGAUACUGCAUCAGCUAAUGAACAUACUUGGACUUCCCGCAGACACUAGUUUGGAGCAGGCGCCCGAUUUGGCAUUCAAGCUCAUGCAGGAGUUGGAAUCUCUCAGACUAGAGAAUGAUACAAAUUCAAUGCUCCUGCUUCAGUAUGAGCGGGCAGCGCUGGCGAGGUUUGCUGCAUGUGGUGUCAUUUCUCCCCCUACAGUGGGGCAGGAAAGAGCAGCCUUGGUUUCUGCUGAGGCCUUCUCCUCCUUCGCAAACUCUGAUGACCCAUGGAUUAUGGAUCACCUGAGAAGUUUGGUUUUGGUUAUGACAGAAGUGAGUAAAGAUUUCCACCUCAAAGUCAUUCCUAGUUGGCUUCUGGGGGGACCCACGGCGGCCUCAGCGGAGGCCACGCUAAAAUACUUGCGUACUUCUAUAGAUGGAGCUAGAGAACUGGUAAUCACAUUGACAGACGAUCUACGGAAAGCGAAGCAGUCUCUUAUCAAAAUGGCACAAAUUUUGAGUUCUGACGCACAUGGCAGUCAUGAGAAAAGCUGGACAGCUAUGCAGGAAAAACCUUUUCCGGAGCUUCUGCAUGCGUUGGAACGCGUUGUCGGGUCUCUGGGUGAGAGGGAGGACACUGCAAACAUACCUUCGGCGACCUCCCACGAGGGGAUGCUGACGACUCUGAUGAGAAUUGCCCGUUGGCUGCCGGAAAAGGAUCAAAUACAAAUCGAGGAAGUUCUGCAUGAUGUGGAUCGUCUAACGGAGUACAUGGAGGACGCGGUGAAGUCGCUUGCCAUGACAUCCGCUGCCCACGACUCGAUGCCUUUAAAGGUGGAAAAAUUAGCGUCCCAGAUUGCACGCUUAACAGAUCUUCCAGAUGAGGCGGGACCCAAGAUCCUCGAUCGAGCUUCCGCCGCGUCACUUGUGAAAGCAGCAGAGGAAUUACGAAUGUGGGCGGCGGAAAGCUCUGGCUCCACUAGACGACCAGAAGAUGCCAUUAUUCAAGCAAGCCUACACGAGCUUGCGCAGCUGCUGCCGACCGGAUUACCGCCUAGUUCUUCUGUGGGUGACGUUCGCAUUCAUCCACCGGUGCGCAAUAUUCUUGACAUGGUGCAGCUACUGAAGCGAAGACUUGAGCAGUGGAUGCAGGAGCAGCAAAAACAGCAGCUUUCUGGGGCACACAGUCGUUUAGAAAAAAACCGACUAGGGGAGCUUGUGCGGGAGCGCAGCGGACAACUUGUGAGGGUGGCAAAAGAGAUACUGCUGGGUUCGGGAACCUCAGCUGAGGUGGAGGAUAUCCUCGGUGCACUUGCAGCGGAGGGCGUGAAUGGGGCCGGGGCGGCAGCGGACGGAGGUGGUGCUGGUGGUGGUAGUAGUGGCGCUGGGGCGGGCGGCGCGAUUUCUUCCCUAGUCGCCGUCUUCGACGACCUCGAGGAGCGCCUGAAGCUCGUCAAGUUGCGCCACCAUCGCCUGUCGCAGGCGUAUGCCGCCGACAAGGUCCGCCUCGACAACUUGAUUCAGUCGAGCACCACGCACGCGAAGCGGUUUGCGCGCAUUUGCGCCUCCGUCGGGGCGAUAUGCCGCUCGGUGGGCCUUGACCAGGUUGCCGCCCGGCUGGAGCCGGAGCCCAAGCCGGAGCCCAAGCCGGAGCCGGCAUCAGCGUCGUCGCAGCUCGUGCUGCGUCCUGGGCAGCGAAAGCCACGCGUCGCCCAGCCCGUCAGCGACGUGGACAUUCUCGAGGCGCUAGCCCUCAUCGAAGAGUGCCUGAGCAGCAACGGGGCGAUGGCAGAGGCCGCGAAGGAGAAAUCCGAGCUGCUCCGCCUGCAGCAGGAGGAGGAGCGUUGGCAGGAGGAAACCAGCACGUUUCGUCAGGCGAUGCAAAUGAUUCUGCUGCGGCUGGCGGAGGCGGGGAGGCGCGUCAAGUCCACCCUCUUCAUGCUUGGGACGGAUGAGUCGGCGGAGGAUGAGGUGGUGGAAGGCGUUAUUCGUGAGCAGCAGCGGCGACGCGCCGAGGAGGAGCGGGGGACAGAUCACAGUGGCGGCGCACAAGGAGAAGAGCAGCAGCGGGAACAGCGGGAACAACAGAAGACCAGCGAGGAGUCACUGGCGUUGUUGCUGCAGAAGUUUGGUCGUUGGGCAACGCGCCUGCAGGAGGCAGCGGAGGAUCACUUGUACACGCAGCAGAAGCUGCAUAAGUACUUCGCCGACGUGCAUUGCUUUUUCUGCCCAGCUGCGCAUGCCGCGGUUGUGCAAAACGCCACGGAUGAGAAUCUCAUAGAUAUUGACACCACGCUGAUGCAGUUUGCCGAUGGCAUUUUGCCGGUGCUUGAUCGCGCCGUUGCGGGCGCAAGGUCCUCCGCAGGUAACAGCAGCGCCGCUGAAAAGGGCGAAGGCGGGGAGGAUGGGGUGCGUUCCAAGGCCUUGUCAACGCUGCUGCAGGAUGCCCCAACAAAUUGCGUGUCACAGACGGAUCGCCGUCUGGUGCGUCUCUACGAGUCUGUGGGGAAGCUGCGCACGGUCGUGGAUGGGCUGCUGAGUGUACGAUACUUGUCCAUUCCCUCGGCACGCCGCCGCCGCGGUGGCGGCGCCGCGGAUGAGUUGAGGUUUGACGAUGCGUGGGGCGACAGUUACGUGGAGUUGGACGUCGGCAAGCUGAAGGGCACCGCCGCCACGAGGACGGAGGCCGGGGACGAUGACGCGCCGACGGUGAACGACGACGGGUUGCUCCGCACGCUGGAGACGAACAUCCGCAGCGUCCACCAGGCGCUUGGAAAGUUCAGCACCAACUACAAACUCGCGGUCAUCCUGGUGCAGAAGGACAUCGACAUGAUGCAGCAGUUUAUUGCGUCCAUGCUGGAGCCGUACUCGGAGCUUGACGUGGAUCGUGUUUUUAAGCAGGACCCCGCGGUGCUGAAGGAGAUGUGCACGCUGCUCACCGAGCGCACCACGCGGCAGCGCGGCUGCUACUUCUUUAACCGCGUUGGUGGCGAAGGCCCCUGUCUGUGGGCGACGGCGUUGGAGCAGUUGAGCCUGGGGUUUGUUGGGAUUCUUGAGAAGCUGCGGAAGCGCACGCAGUUGGCGAUGGAGCUGCGGGACAUCGUCGAAGACGCCGUGGAUAUCUGUGCCGCGUACAUCAACUGGGUGGAGCUGGGCGCGGGCGCGGGCGCCGUCGCCGUCGCCGCCCUGCGUCCGCUGCCGCCGGAGGUGCUUGAGGCCUGCGUGCGAGAGCCCGACGACGCGGACGCGGCGGAGGAGCCUCUAGGGCCAUCGACGCCGCCGCCGCAGCGGCAGCAGCGCGGCGACGGGAAGGUCGCGAAGCCGCCGCUGCCGCCGAACGCGCCGCGGCCGAAGGUGUCACACUUUCUGGAGGACGCGGUGAUUCUGAAGGUCAUGGCCCACAUGUUUCAAAUGGCGCAGGAGGCCGCCAACGGGGGGCUGAGAGAGCAGGGCAGCGGCAGCGGCGGGGAGAAAGAGAAGGCGGCAGCAGCCCGUGAGGGUGCCGGCGCUGGCGGGGAGAGGGGCGCGGCGCACGGCGACGACAUGCAGCAGCUGGAGGAGCAGAUGCAGCUGCUUCGAGAGGCGGCGGCGGUGGCGGAGCAGCGCGCCGCGUCGACGCUGGAGGAUUGCAAGCGCAUGGAGCAGGAGCGCGACAAGGCACUCUCGGAGGCCGCCGUCUCGCGGGCGGAGCUGCGACGCUGGAGGCGGAUUUACGGCAUUGCCGAGGAUGCGCCGGCGCCGGCGUCAUUGCAGGAACAGCCGCAAGCCCACAAGCCUCCGCUCGUUUAUCCUGCGGCCCCCACAGGGGCGGUUGUCGCCGUGCUGACGCCCGAGCAGCGUGCGCCCCGCCCCGCGCUGGAGGCUGACUCCGGCGCCUCGUCGCCUGGUUGCCUCGGGAAGGAGGCUCUGCUGCUGCAGCUGGCGCAGUCCAUGAAGGAGCUCACGGAGGAGCUGCGCGGGGCCUCGCGGCGGGGCGUCAUGCCGCCCUACCGAACCACACCUCCGGCCGCGGGUGGCGCGGUGGCGGAGCCCCCACGCCGCGAGGGAGCGCCGCAGGCGCCAGCGAAGCAGCCACGCCGCCACACUUCACCGCGCAGCUCAGGGCUCGUGCGGUCGCCGAAGGAAGUCGUGGGCGACGCCCCGCCGGGCGGGAGCCUCUCCCCGCGCUCCGCCUCCUCCUCCUCGCCGCUGCCGCCAAGCGGGCGUGAGAGCCCUUUGCCCCCGGGCAGGGACGCUCGUCCGCACACCAUGCUGCAUUCACAGCAGCAGCGGGCCGCACGGCAUGAAUCUGCACCAGCACCAUGCAAGUCGGUCGUCGUGUCCCAGAGGGGCCCAACGUACUCGUCGCUGGCCCGCACCCACUCGAGCACGGCGACGGGCGAUGCACGUGGUCCCUCGGCGCCGCGGUACCAGCCGGACCAUCACCGUGGUGAGUUCUUCAACGAGUGUGAGAUCUGCUGCCGUCACCACUGCUCUCGCCACCCCGCGAGGAGCGCCUUGGCCCCGCCUCUUGCAUCUUCGCUUGGCCGACGUCCCGCCACCGCUGCCUUCAGCAGGCCACGUGGACCAACACCGUCGCCGCGGCGGCAGUCGCAGCAGGAGGCGGUGAGCAUCACCACGCAUCGUGGCCAGCGCGACCGCUCCGCCUCUGCGCGGGGCACCGCCCGGAUGUCAACGUCGUCCGCACAAAGCAUUCCGUUGCCGAGUGCGGCGAAGGGCGACACGCGACACCACGCUGCGGUGCGGGAGCACCCAGCCGCUGUUGCACACGACGACGAGGAUGCCCACCCUGACCACAACCACCCUGGCGGGCCUGGUCCGACGCGACGCUCGGGGUCUUUGCUCAGCCCAAGCACCUCCACAGUGCUGUCGCCGGAGAGCAUCUCCGACCCCGCCGAGGCGAGAGAGGCGCGGCACCGCCCCGGAGCGGUCGUACCCCCCCUGCAGGGGGUGCACGGAGGUGUGGCCUCUUCUCUUGGCGGGUCGUUAGAGACGAUACGGCACCACAGCGCCCCGAGGAACUCGCCGCAUCCUGCGCGGCAUGGCGCAGGACGACCGGUGCAGCAGCGGCCCACCGGUUCCGCCUCGAAGCCCGCGACGCGGACCCCCCACAGCGCAAACUUGCGCUCGGACGCGGUGCGCAAGUUGGCGGAUAUCGUUGCCAGAACGAAGCUCUCAGGCAAGGAGGAGUUAUAG